AUGGGGCUCCGCGAUUCCUCCGUGCUGCUGGCUCUGGCCCUCGCGCUCGCCUACUGCUCCGUCGCAGUGGUGGGCUACGAUCCCCUGGACCCUCGGGGCAACAUCACCAUCAAGUGGGACGUGAUCUCGUGGACGCCCGACGGGUACGUGGCGAUGGUGACGAUGAGCAACUACCAGAUGUACCGGCACAUCAUGGCGCCCGGGUGGACGGUGGGGUGGUCGUGGGCCAAGAAGGAGGUGAUCUGGUCCAUCGUGGGCGCGCAGGCCACGGAGCAGGGCGACUGCUCCAAGUUCAAGGGCGGCAUCCCGCACUGCUGCAAGCGGACGCCCGCCGUGGUGGACCUGCUCCCGGGGGUGCCCUACAACCAGCAGAUCGCCAACUGCUGCAAGGCCGGGGUGGUGUCGGCGUACGGGCAGGACCAGGCCGGGUCCGUCUCCGCGUUCCAGGUCUCCGUCGGCCUCGCCGGCACCACCAACAAGACGGUGAAGCUGCCCAAGAACUUCACCCUCAUGGGCCCCGGGCCAGGGUACACCUGCGGGCCGGCGACGAUCGUGCCGUCCACCGUGUACUGGACGCCCGACCACCGGCGCCGGACGCAGGCGCUCAUGACGUGGACGGUCACCUGCACCUACUCGCAGCAGCUGGCGUCCAAGUACCCGUCCUGCUGCGUCUCCUUCUCCUCCUUCUACAACGACACCAUCGUGCCGUGCGCCCGGUGCGCGUGCGGCUGCGGCCACGGCGGCCACGCCGGGCCGGCCGGCGGGUGCAUCGAGGGGGACUCCAAGCGCGCGCUGUCGCCCGGGGUGAACACGCCGCGCAAGGACGGGCAGGCGCUGCUGCAGUGCACGCCGCACUUGUGCCCCAUCCGGGUGCACUGGCACGUCAAGCUCAACUACAAGGACUACUGGCGCGCCAAGAUCGCCAUCACCAACUUCAACUACCGGAUGAACUACACGCAGUGGACGCUGGUGGCGCAGCACCCCAACCUGGACAACGUCACUGAGGUCUUCAGCUUCCAGUACAAGCCGCUGCUACCAUACGGCAGCAUCAAUGACACUGGCAUGUUCUACGGGCUCAAGUUCUACAACGACUUCCUCAUGGAGGCCGGCCCGUUCGGCAACGUGCAGUCGGAGGUGCUCAUGCGCAAGGACGCCAGGACCUUCACCUUCAGCCAGGGAUGGGCCUUCCCGCGCAAGAUCUACUUCAACGGCGACGAGUGCAAGAUGCCGCCGCCGGACUCCUACCCCUACCUGCCCAACGCCGCGCCCGCCGCCGCCUCGCAGCUGAUCGUGUCCGCUGCUGCCUCAGCGUUCCUACUGGCGCUGCUCCUGGUGGCAUGA